UCCUACAGUAAAUAUUUGUGUUUGUUCAACCGGCUGUAAUGGUGGACGACUGAAAGAGAAAAGCGGAGAGGCUAAAUCUCAAAAAUCCGAUCCCGGGUAAAGCACUAUUGUUCGUGGCUUGGAAACAAACACCAGCGAAUAUGGAUGAACUCAAACAUCAAGUUAUGAUAAACCAGUUCGUCCUGACAGCUGGAUGUGCCGCAGACCAAGCGAAACAGCUUCUGCAAGCGGCACAUUGGCAGUUUGAGACAGCCCUUAGUGCCUUCUUUCAAGAGACAAAUAUCCCUUACGGUCACCAUCAUCAAAUGAUGUGCACCCCCGCAAACACGCCGGCAACGCCACCAAACUUCCCAGACGCCCUCACCAUGUUCUCGCGCCUCAAAGCCUCGGAAAGCUUCAACAGCAGCAGCAGUGCCAGCAUGGCCACCUCGCCCCCUCCACCUCCAGUCAGCUGGGGCAUGACCGGACCCGUGCCCAACCAGCAGGGCUUAUGGACUCAAGGGCCUUCCCCCCAACAAGCCCACCCGCCCCCAGGCUGGCCCUCGGCUGUCAACCAGCAAGCGGCAACUGAACAGAAGGCCAGCGUCGCCAUGGAGGCCGAGAGAUGAGGGCCUGGACUACACGGAGCGAGGGUCAGGGGAGGGUCGUUUUUUCUCUCUCACUCACCAGACAUGGAGAGGGAGAGAGCUACACCAAGAAUAACCAAGCAACAUGGACAUUUACAGAAGCGGAGCGAUAGCCAACACGAAGGUAAUAAGAGAAAUAAAGAAACAAGCGCACAUUGUAUUACUAAGAAAGAGAGCAAGUGAAAUUUACCAAGUUUUUUCUAUAAUAAAAGAGUAGUUAAACGUAUAUGGGACUAUGAUCAUUGCGCCCGUGGAUUAUUUCUGGUAUUUUCUCAAAGAUGGACAUCUAGCAUCUAAGGCAGCAACUUUUCUCACAUUUUACUUUUUAUUCUUUUAUCUGGUGUUCUUUAUGCAAGACGAGAGUUGACGUUGCAUGUGGAUUAGCGAUCUGUUUUUGCGUUUUUUAACUUACUAGUAUUCAAUGCAAGCAUUCAUGUGUACAGUGUGUGAGCCUUGCACACUCAAACAUUGUGUAUCGGACUUACAUUUUCUCUCCCCAUUGGAUUAUGGGACUUUUUUUCGUACCUCACUGGUCACCUGACUCUACUCAGCCAAUCAGGGAAUCUCACUAGUUGAACACCCUUUUUUCGAACUCGAACCGGAUUUUCCAGGAUGCUUUGCUUCACCCAUUACGCAGUAACUCACUGAUGUCCUCAAAGAUUGUUCUGAAAAUUGAUUCUGAAAGAUUUAGAUAUUUUAUAAUCAUGGCUCCUAGUUUUUUUUUAUUCAAUCUGUUUUGGGGGGAGCUGGUUAGCUGGUUUAUCAGACUGUUGUUUCUUAGCUGAGGAGAGUAAACCCAUGGCGCUAAAGUUACAUUAAACCAGACUACUAUUCAACAUGUUUGUAAGCAGACUUGCCACUUUGCAUGACGUAUUCAUAUGUAUAUCAUAUUUUGUAGUUUCUUGCUUUUAGGGGGAAUUGUACAUGAAUGCUUUUCGGGAAUUCUGUCUCAUUUCCAGUUUUAGAAAGAGGAUGGGAACUCCAAUUCAAGUUGCAAUUCUGUCUCGGUUUGCUUUUUCUAUCGACAUAAAAAUGAUAAAUCUGUUGGUGAAAAAAAAAAAAAAGUUGAAUUUCUCAUUUUAUGAAAACCAUUUUCAAAAAGGAUUGCUGUUAGUCAUUUUAAUAUUUACUUUGUCUUAUUUUCCACUUGCAACUAUUUCUGCUCAAGCUUUUCUUUUGGGUCGCUUGUUCCCAAAGGGAUUUCCAUGUAUGUUUUCCCCUGUUUGACUGUAUUGAUACCAUUCCCACAAUAUUUGUGGACUACCUGAUAAUUAACUUAUCAUUGUUUGUGUUCCUAAAUAAAUAUUGUAUGUCCUAUGGUGUGA